CACACAACUAGAUAACAUAGCAACCAUUGCAUACAACAAGUUUUCCAUAUACACUCAUCGUCAUAUACAAGUUUUCAUAAUCUAAUCCAUAUACACUCAUCGUAUACAAGUUUUUCCCUAGACCAAUACACCGCGACAACCUUAGAAAAUCCGAAACAAGAAAGAGAGGGAAACCAGCAACAACCAACCGGAGGGGAGAGAUACGAGUAGCGCGCAAAAACAAAAGAUAAGAAACUCCUGAAAUGAGGCACAUUUCUCUCUCCUCCUCAAUCAAAGUGGCGUUACUCUUUUCUCUCUCCUUCACACUCACUUCAUCUUCUUCAUCUUCUUCAUCCUCUUCCUUCUCCUUAAACCCUAAACCACCAUUCCCAUUUUCUCUCUCCUCUCGCAACCCUUCUUCUCGACCUCCCAAAGCCACAGUUGCAGACCUACUCUCUCUCCUCGGCCCCGAAGAUCAAGCUUCCCAGGUUAAUCCAAUUGUUGCCAGACAACUCAGGUCUUGCUUCAGAUUUCUUGUUCCGUUCAAUUCUACGUCAAUUCAGGAUGUUGAUGUUAAGCGGAGGUCAAUGGUUAGUGUUGUUGGUCAAAGGAGAGAGAAUGAAGAGGAUGAGUUGAUUUUGUCGCCGCCUUCCUCGGUUUUGGAGCUUGCUCGCCUUUCUGUUGAUUCUGGUGGUGAUCCUGCUGUUAUUCAUCGUGCCCUAGAUCCUACGAUCAUACCUGUGCCUGAUGUUGAAGGAUCAAAGGAAUGUAAGUGUCAGCUCACCAGAACUCCCUAUGGCUGGCAUUUCAUAAACGAUGAGUUGAAUGCUUAUCUUGUUUUCUUAUUUGACAUGAUUGCUUCGCGGGGUCCAAGUGUGGGACUUAAUGUUUCUUUAAAUCGUUACGACUUCUUCCAUGGUCACCUCUUUCUUGCCAAAGACACCGGAAGACUUGGAAUAUUGUUCCAUGCUAAGGAAUACCCAGCCUAUAACAAAAAAGUCUUUCCAUAUAACAUGGGGUACUGCCAAAGAGGUUCUGAUCUAGCUUAUGACAGUACAAUGACUUUACGGAACAUUCUUUGGUUAGCUCCUAUGCCGAGCAAUUCGAGUAAAGCUUGGGAUGCGCCUGGUGUGUUGGUUGUUUUGGAUGCUCGUCCUGAUGGAAUUAUAUACAGAGAUCUCAUACCUGAUUAUGUACAGUUUGUACGGACAUUAUAUGAAGAAAAAUUUGGAGAACUUGCUGUGGAUGUUAACUACCUUAACGUGGGAGGUACCUCCCCAAAUUAUCAGAUCUUCCUGUGUUGAGACUGUUGACUUUUGUCAAGGUCAUUUCUCAUUCAAGAAUAAGGUUUAGCGUUUAGACGUAAGUUCUAUUUUCUGAACCCUUCAAGUUCAAUAAUAAGGCAGUGUAAGAUACUCUGUACAUAAAUUACUCUGUAUUGAUUUGUAUGUGUACUGUAUAUCUAUUCUUUUCACCGAAUUGCUAGCUUGUAUGAGUAAUCAAAAUUUUUAUAAUUAAUAGCAACAAUUUUGGCUUUCUGCUGAUCGGGAGUAAAAGCCAGGAUGGUUGAAUUCUAUUAAUGAAAUUAGCUUGUUACCCGACUUA